UGCCUCUGCCUUUCACCUGAUCCUGCUCCUCAGCAGCCACUUCCUGCUGCUUUGAGGCCCUCCUGCCUGUCCAUUAGUUUGCCUCUUUGAACAACCUGCAUGUUGCCAUUUUGUUUCCAAGUUGGACCUCGCGCCCACGCUGAAGAGAGGCUGCUCCAGGAUCUGUUUGUACAUUACAAUAAGCUAUCCAGGCCUGUGGAAAACACUACAGACACAGUGAUGGUCCACUUUGGCCUUUCUAUUGCCCAGCUUAUUGAUGUGGACGAGAAGAACCAGAUGAUGACAACAAAUGUCUGGGUCAAGCAAGAAUGGAAUGAUUACAAACUGCGCUGGAACCCGGAGGAAUAUGAGAAUGUCACCUCCAUCCGUAUUCCCUCAGAGAUCAUCUGGAGGCCAGACAUUGUCCUCUACAACAAUGCGGACGGCGACUUUGCAGUGACCCACCUGACGAAAGCACAUCUGUUCCAUGAUGGUCGGAUAAAGUGGAUGCCACCAGCAAUUUAUAAGUCUUCAUGCAGCAUAGAUGUUACUUUCUUUCCUUUUGACCAGCAAAGCUGCAAGAUGAAGUUUGGCUCUUGGACCUACGACCGCGCCAAGAUCGAUCUGAUCAACAUGGAUAGUGAUGUGGACCAGAUGGACUACUGGGAGAGUGGCGAGUGGGUCAUCAUUAAUGCAGUGGGCAAGUACAAUACCAAAAAGUACGAGUGCUGCACAGAGAUCUAUGCAGACAUCACUUACUAUUUCAUCAUCCGGAGGCUUCCGCUGUUCUACACUAUAAACCUCAUCAUCCCUUGUCUGCUCAUCUCCUGUUUGACUGUGCUGGUGUUUUAUUUGCCGUCACAAUGUGGAGAGAAGAUUACUUUGUGUAUCUCGGUGCUACUGUCUCUCACAGUGUUCCUCCUGCUGAUCACUGAGAUUAUACCGUCUACAUCACUGGUGAUUCCACUGAUCGGUGAAUACCUGCUGUUUACCAUGGUCUUUGUCACCCUCUCCAUCGUAAUUACAGUCUUUGUGUUAAAUGUACAUCAUCGCUCGCCACAAACCCAUGGCAUGCCUCACUGGGUGCGGAGAGUAUUCUUGGACUUUGUACCUCGCGUGCUCUUCAUGAAGCGUCCACCAGGCACAGCGAAGCAGAACUGCAAGAAGCUUAUCGAGAUGAUGCACCGUCCAACAACGAUAUCUGCAACGGGCAACUCGCUGGCCUUUUGGGCCGGGUUAGAGACAGGAUUGAGACAAAUGGGACAGAUAGAGAAUACGCUGCCAAAGACUCCACCUGAAAGUCCCAGCAUCCUUGUGUGCUCACCUUCUCCCCCAUCUUCUCCUCCUGAGGGCCAUACCGAGGAUGGUCACCCACUGAAAGGCAACAUUUUCUGCCGGUCCACAUCCAGCCAAUAUUCAGAUCUCUCAGACAAACAACUCCUACGUGGACACAACUCCACAGGCUUGUCUUCUUCCCAGUUAUCUUUGCCGCCAUCUUUACCGCUAGGCCCACUUCACAGCCUAUCCAGGGGAGAACUGAAUACACUGGCUCCAAACGGCCGCUCCGUCAGCGUAGAGGAAAUGUGUAACCACCAGACAGAGCUUUCUCAGCGAGCUGGGCAUCACUGUCGCUCCCGCAGCUUCCAGUACUGCUGUCUGCAUGAUGAAGGGUCAGGGGUCAUCAGGUUCGCGGGGCGGGCCCCAACAGAUCACCACAGAUCACAAACUCUCACAGCAGAGUUCACCAAGGAUGCAAGCACCCAACAGGACACCAUAGUUCCAACCAUUUCCCCAGCUAUGCAACGGGCCAUAGAGGGGGUUCAGUACAUCGCUGAUCAUCUCAGAGCUGAGGAUGCAGACUUUUCAGUGAGUUGA